CAGGUUGUCCGGCAGGGUGCUUACGGAGUGAGCAAGAAAAAGCGGGCUGCUGGUGGCAGGGAGCAAAGGAAGGAAACGUGAGGAAUGGCUGAAAGCUGACUGUGUUUUUCUACAGGAAACAAAUCAGGAGGGAAACGAUAGCAAAAAUAAGUCACCAAGUGUAUCCCAUUUCGGUUGGAGAAUUGUAUUGAGGCUUCUUAUUUUGUCCACGCACGGAUCCGCCUGGUUUUCUGAUUUAAUGGGACAACGAAAACGGAAAAAGCAAAAGGUGCCAAUUUUGUCGUCUGUGUGGACGGGUGCUACUUAUUUUUAUGGGACCAAUACUCCACACGGGAUGAAUAAGAGGACACUUAGUGCAAGGUAAACCGCGUUGUUUGAGUAAAGAAAAUGUCCCAGAUUUGACAGGGGUAGUUAAGGAUAUAUGUUUGGUGGGACUGAUGCAUUAACAUGUUACAUCCUUGAAGUGGUCGACUACCUAUCAAUAAUAAUACGUAUUCAAGCUUCUUGGACAAGCCAUCACAACAUAGCAGUCACAUGAAAAUUGGCCUACAUGUCCUUAUAAGAGAAACACGUAAAGCCAUUUUGCUCCGUCUGAACAGAAGAAGAACAUGCGCGUGUUUGUCAUCUGGAUAUUUUUACGGUUGUUUUCACUACGGAAUGGUGCGGCUGGUCAAGGACACUCCACUCCGGCUAUUUGUUCGUCCUCAUGCAGCUGCGACGAGGACGGAGGCGCCGAUUGCUCUGGGAAAGGUCUGACCACUGUCCCGACUGGUCUAAGCGCCUUCACCUACUAUCUUGACAUCAGCAUGAAUAACAUCACAGAGCUCCCGGCUUUUGUCUUCAAGAACUUCCCCUAUCUAGAAGAACUACGACUGGCAGGAAAUGACCUCUCAUUCAUCCACCCUGACGCUCUGUCUGGACUACAUCAGCUCAAAGUCCUGAUGUUGCAGAAUAACCAGCUGAAGACUGUUCCAAGUACAGCUAUAAAGAACCUCUACUCUCUACAGUCUCUACGUCUGGAUGCCAACCACAUCACGACGGUGCCUGAGGAUAGCUUUGAGGGCCUGCAGCAGCUCCGCCACCUCUGGCUGGAUGACAACAGCCUGACUGAGGUCCCAGUGGGCCCCAUGAGACACCAGGCUAACCUGCAGGCUCUCACCCUGGCACUCAACCGCAUCACCCACAUCCCCAACAAUGCCUUUGCCAACCUCUCCAGUCUGGUGGUGCUGCAUCUGCAUAAUAACAGAAUUAAGGAGAUUGGGGAGAGCUGCUUCACGGGGCUAGAGAACCUAGAGACGCUGGAUCUUAACUUCAACAACCUGAUGACCUUCCCAGAAGCAAUCCAGGCACUGCCCAAACUGAAGGAGCUUGGAUUUCACAGCAACGACAUAGCAGCCGUACCUGAGGGAGCCUUCCACAAGAACCCUUUGCUCCGCACCAUCCACCUGUAUGACAACCCCCUGUCAUUUGUGGGAACUUCCGCCUUCCAGAACCUGUCUGACCUGCACUCCCUGAUGCUACGUGGAGCCAGUAUGAUGCAGGAGUUUCCCUGUCUCACUGGGACUAACAACCUGGAGAGUCUUACUUUGACAGGCACAAAGAUUGCUGCCAUACCGGUUGAGCUCUGUGAGGAUCUCAAGGUGCUGCGGACUCUAGACCUGUCCUACAAUGAGAUUGAGGAGCUGCCUUCCUUCCAGGGCUGUCUAAAGUUGCAGGAAAUAAGCCUGCAGCACAACCACAUCCAGCAAAUCGACAGGGACACAUUCCAGGGCCUGUCUGCCCUGCGCUUGCUGGACCUGAGUAGAAAUGAAAUGAAAACCAUCCACAGAGAUGCUUUCCUCUAUUUGACGGUGCUAACAAACCUAGACCUGAGCUUAAACUCGCUGACCAGCAUUCCAACAACUGGACUGAGUUCCCUGAACCAACUGAAACUCACAGGAAACCUGCAGAUGAAAAAUGUAUUUACUGCAAAUAGCCUCCCCAAACUAAGGUCAGUAUCAGUUCCCUAUGCUUACCAGUGCUGUGCAUUUGUGGGAUGUGAUUCUUCAACAUCUUCUACUGAUGAGAACAUCAAGAAGGUUACAGGUGGAGAAGAUGUGGAGAGGAUAUCGAUGGUAAUGCACUGCUCUCCCUCUCCAGGAGCCUUCAAGCCCUGUGAGCACCUCCUGGGCAGCUGGAUGAUCCGUCUGACUGUGUGGUUCAUCUGCCUGGUGGCCCUGAUCUUCAACACUCUGGUGCUGGCAGCCACCUUCUCCCGCCGGGCCUUGGCCCUCUCCCCUGCCAGGCUGCUGGUUGGCCUCCUGGCCCUCACCAACCUGCUCACUGGGGUCUAUGUGGGGGUGCUCACUGUCCUGGAUGCUGCCACCUGGGGCUCCUUCGCUGAGUUUGGGGUCUGGUGGGAGACUGGGGUGGGCUGCCGGGCGACAGGGGCCCUGGCGGUGUUCUCCUCCGAGUGGGCGGUGCUGCUGUUGCCCCUGGCGGCUGUGGAGCGCAGCGUGGCGGUGAGGGGGCUCCUGGGGAAGGCCAUCUCACCCAGGAGGAGCAGCGAGAGAGGGGUCGGGGACCGACGCUUCGCCCUGGCGGCUGCUCUCCUGGGACUCCUGGCAGCUGCAGCAGCCUGCCUGCCCCUCUUCAGUACCAGCGACCCUUCAGCCUCCCCUCUCUGUUUACCCUUCUCUGGCGGUGAGGGCCCUGCGCUGGGGGUCACUGUGGCCCUGGUGCUGCUCAACGCUCUGGCCUACCUGUUCACAGCAGCAGUGUACACCCAGCUGUACUGUGGCUUGGGCAGGGUGGAGCUGGCAGACCAGGAGCAGGCAGGGGCUGUACGCCAUGUGGCAUGGCUCAUAUUUACCAACUGCAUCUUCUUCUGUCCUGUGGCAGCUUUCUCCUUCGCCCCUCUACUGGCCAGGUCUGGCACCGCAGGGGGUCCUGAGAUCGCCAAGUCCGUCACGCUCAUUUUCUUCCCUCUACCGGCAUGCCUUAACCCCGUGCUCUACGUUUUCUUCAGCCCCGCCUUCCGGGAGGACUGGCUGCGGCUGCGGGGCCAUGGAGCUGUGGCCCGGGGGAUGAAGGCUGGGCAGUGUGCAGGGGGCUCUGGGGUUGUGGAUGGGGAUGGAGACUCCUCCACACGGCUGGGCUAUGACUGUGGGGUGUACUCCCAGCUCUGUGGGGAAACAGGCAUGUGUGAGCGCUGCCAGGUGGCUCUACACGCCAGGACCUCUUCCUCCUCAACAUCAGUCUGCAGACACUUGGUGAAGUCCCACAGCUGCCCUACCCUCUCGGCUGGUGCGGCAGCGGGCCAGCGUACGGAGGGAUACUGGGCAGACAGCGGCACCCUCUCUGCCCAGUCAGAGUACGCUGACGAGGGGGACUCGUUUGUAUCCGACAGUUCAGACCAGGUGCAGGCCUGUGGACGAGCCUGCUUCUGCCAGAGCCGAGGGCUCCCUCUGGUCCACUACGCAUACAACAUACCUCGCAUCAAAGACUGAGAAACUCUUCAGCUGUGUGUGUGUGUCUGUGUGUGUGUCUGUGUGUCUGUGUCUGUGACACUAUAACAAAAAGUAAAGGUUUUUGAUAAACAACAAAACAUGUGCAUGUGGGUCCCUGCACACAAAUCAUUCAGGGAGCACUUCUUUAAUCACUGUGUGAAACAGACUCAACUGUCACAAAAAGGGAAUCUGGCAUUAAAUUAGACCUGAAACUUUUGGCCAACCCUUGUUUUGCCCAACCCUUGUUUUGCCCUUCAGGAUUUACAACUGAUUCCUGUGUGUGAUAACACCAAACUGUCUGUCAAAUAUGUAACAAAAGAGGAAGCCUUGCCACCAGUGCCUGCUUCUUGGUUUAGAGCAAACUCAUUAUCAAGAUGUUACAAGCCUGAAUUCAUCUGUCACGUCUCGUGCUGGGGCAGGCAUCUAUGUGCCAUCUUUUUGUAGGUUCUGCCUGUCGCUAGCUAUAUGUUUUAUUUUAUUGUUAUUCCCUGGUCUGUCGAUUUUAAAGCCUUGCCAUAAUCACUAUUCAUUUGUAUAUGUAGCAAAUGUAAUCAUAAUCCUCAUUCUAGGGUUGUUUUUCAUAUGAGAAUGUAAAGUAACUGAAAGGAGAAUUGUAUGGAAGCGGCUUUAAAUUAAGGGGUACUGACAAUGUGUUUAAUAUAAUCUGACAGCUGCAUUUUCAGCCCUCCCAUUGUGAGCCAACUGAAUCUCCAGUCUGAAUCUGUUCAUGUAUCUUCACAUGCCCUGUAUUCAUUCCUCAAGAGUACAAGACAAUGACUUAAAUGUUUAUUA